AUGAUCAGAAUUGGUUCUUAUGGAGAAGUCAAUCGUGCUAAUUGGAAAAAUACUGAACACUUUUACGCUUUGAAGUCUUUUAGUAAUGAUAAACAGACUCUUGAAGAAAUCAUAAAAGAGAUAAAAAAUUAUUCAUUAGUCUUGGAAUAUGCCAAUGGCGGUACACUAAAUACUUAUUUAGGCAAAAACUUUAAUGAUCUGGAUUGGGACGAUAAAUCUCGUUUAGCAUUACAACUGGCAGAUGCUGUAGGGUUUUUACAUGAUAAUGAUAUUGUUCAUCAUGAUCUGUACUCUGGAAAUAUACUUAUACAUCAGAACAGUAUUAAAUUAACAGACUUUGGGUUAUCAAAAAAAGUUACUGAAGCAUCAAGUAUCACAUCGAAAAUACAGGGUGUAAUACCCUACGUGGAGCCGAAGAAACUCAAUGAUGAAAAUUAUAAAUUAAAUAAAAAGUCAGAUGUGUAUAGCAUUGGAGUUUUAUUGUGGCAAAUUUCAAGUGGACAUGAAGCAUUUGAAGAUAUUGAACAAGACGUUAGUUUUAUUUUAUCUUUAAUAAAAGGUAAAAGGGAAAAAAUUAUUGAUGGAACUCCUGUUAAAUAUAGUAAAUUAUACACAGAAUGUUGGAAAUAUGAAUCAAAUGAACGUCCAAAUAUGCACGAAGUUAUUUUGACGCUCAAAAAAAUCAUUUCUCCUGAAAUUAUUGUUGAUAGUCUCAAUGAACUAAAUGAAGACAAUAAAAGUACUUAUUCAUCGGAAAAAUACGGAUCAAUUUCAAAAACAAGCAAAGAGACUGUAGAUAUAAAUGAUGAUCUGGAUAUUAACAACAGUUUAAUAUUGAGUACUAUUUCACAUAUUGCAUCGUUAGAAAAUAGUAAUAUAUAUGAAAGUAAGUUAAGUUCGCAAAAUUGUAUGGAUGUGGUGGAAUUUGAAAAUACUAGUUCAUCUAACAAGUCAGACACAAUAUUUCCGUUAUAUAUCCAUAAUUAUGCUCGUAAAUCCGUAAAUGUUCAGUGUGCCGCAACUGUUGAGAAAAUAAUCCGUGAUUUUAUUUGUAGAAAUGGAUUUUAA